AUGAUCAUCACGCACAUCGUGAGUGGUCCACGAAUGCGAUUACUACAAACGAUAACGAAGGUAACUUCGAAAUUACCCUCGGAAUCAUAUCAAAAGAUGUCUAAAUUCAUUCAUGUCAAAGAUAUACUGGGCAUUAUUCUUCGAGUCGUGCAAUUAUAUACAAAUUUUUCUAAAACACCUGAGUUUGACGUUAAUUGUUGGUCUGUCCUGAUCGUGAUGGCUACAACACACGUCGCCUUACUGGCUUGUUUUAAGAGAAUCAAUGAAAAUCUGGCACACAUGCAAAGAUUUAUGGUAAACGAUAUAAAGUCAUGUGUACCCAGUUUAAUUCAUAAUAAGCACAGAAAUCGAUUUUUGAUGAUAAAACUCAAAAUCUUGAAGAAGCAACAUCUGACCGUUAGCAAUACAGUGCAAAUGCUGAAUAUGAACUUCAGCCUGCAAAUCACUGCUAUUAUAGUCAUGACCUACGUUACUAUCACCUUUGAGUUGUAUUUCUAUAUAGUGCGCUGGCAAGAUGGAGUAUUUUUUAAUGUAGAUACACAGUACCUUGAUGUACUUAUAACGUCCACGGGAUAUAAUAUUUUAAAAAUAAUAUUACUUGUAUGGGUCUGCGAGGCCAGUAAGAAUCAGGCCCAAGAAAUUGGUACUACUAUUCACGAUCUAUUUAACAGCACCAAUGAUAAACAAAUAAAAAAUGAGUUGCAGCUGUUUUCUUUACAAGUAUUACAUCGUAAAAAUAUAUUUUCGGUGAAAGCUGUCAAUGUAGAUGCAAAACUUCUCACAGCAAUAGUGGGUAAUAUUACCAUGUACCUAUUAAUCCUGAUACAAUUUUUAAACAUGUCGCAUUCAUGCGAUAGAAAAACAGCUCUCAGUGUUACACAAUCGAACUAA